AUGACUACAACUACAGAUACAGAUACAAUUAGAAUUGUAAUUCCAGAUUGGCAAGGCGGUUGUUUAAAAGAAUAUCAAUUUGGUGCACAAUUAUUAGAAUGGUUGGCCCCCAAGACAGAUAUGCCUACGAUUCAUAUUGAUACUGCGCCAAUAUCAACUAAAGAAAUUGAAGAAGAUGGUGUUUCUAACAAAUCAUCAGUAUUAAAGACAAUUAAUGAUGCAAGGACGCAAAUUGAGCAAUAUAAUCCAAAGAAAAUUGUUACAUUAGGUGGUGAUUGUUUAGUAUCAUUACCAUCAUUUAGUUAUUUAUCCGACACUUAUAAAAAUGAUUUCGGUGUAUUAUGGAUUGAUACACAUCCAGAUAUUUCAAUCACAGGUCAAGUUAAUCAUUCACAUACAUAUCCAGUUGCUUCAUUGAUGGGAUAUGGUGAUAAAGAUUUUAGUAAAGGAAUAAAACAUAAAGUUUCAGGUUCUAAAAUUAUGAUUGCUGGUAUUCAUAGUCCACUUGAGUAUGAAGAAGAAAAUAUAAAGAAAUUUGGUGUUCAAACAUGUUCUCCAAGACAAAUACAAAAUGGUUCACAAGUUAUAAUUGAUUGGAUUAAAAGAGAAAAUAUUAAACAUUUAGCUAUUCAUAUUGAUUUAGAUGUUUUAAAUGAAUUAUUUUUCCAUUCUUUAUAUUUUAGCAGACCUGAUGUUGACAAGAGUUCAUUUGAUGGUAUUGCACAAGGUAAAUUAAAUAUUUCUGAUGUUAUUAGUGUCACAAAUUUAGUUAAUGAACAUACAGAAGUUGUUGGUAUUACUAUUGCCGAAUAUUUACCUUGGGACGCAAUCAAUUUGAAACAUAUGCUCGAAAAAUUACCAAUAAUUGGUCGUAAAUAG